AUGAAAAUUUUCCUCGGGGCCGUGGUGGACGGCGAGUUUCUGACUGACUUGGGAGAGGCUCUUCUUCAGAAACACGAAGUCCUGAAGGUUCCGGUGCUGAUGGGAAUCACCAACCAUGAGUUUGGCUGGAUCUUACCUCAGAGCUUCGCCGCUCCUGGCUGGGAGAAUGGAAUGAACAGAGAGGCCGUGCUGGCGGUGGUGAACAUGUUUAAUCCUCCAGGGGCCUCCUUUGCAAACAACCUCAUUGUAGAUGAAUACCUGCAAGAUGCUAAAACUCCAGAGGAGAUCAGAGACGGAUUCACUGAAAUCAUGGGAGACCUGCUGAUGACACUGCCUGUUGUCCGAGUGGCCGGGUACCACUCAGACGUGGGUGUUCCAGUUUACAUGUAUGAGUUUGUAUACCAGGCUGAGAUAUACAAACAGAACAGGCCCAGCUUUGUGAAAGCAGAUCACGCAGAUGAUGUCGGCUUGAUGUUUAGUGGAUGUUUCUGGAAUGGAAAUAUAAAAAUCUUAGGCAACAUCACCAAAGAGGAUGAGAGAUUUUGCAGGACGAUGAUGUCAUACUGGGCUAAUUUUGUCCGGUCUGGCUCUCCCAAUGGUCCUGGGCUGGUCAGCUGGCCUCCAUACAACAGGCAGAAGCAGGAGUACAUGGAGCUGGGCCCGACUCAGACUGUGAAACAGAAAUUGAGGAAUUGCCUAAUAAAAAUAAUUAAAGUAACUGCAAAUGAUGCAAGACACCCUCAAAGACACACAUACAAAAGUGACUUAGUAACAUCAAGGGUGUCAAGUUCAGGUUGUAAGCACAGAGUCACGCCGCUCAGUCUGAGCUGCCAGAAUAUAAAACUCCAAAGACAAACCUGCACUACAUGAAGCCUGUCACGGUUCAGCGGCUGAAACAAGUUUUUAGUCCAGUACAGAGCCCUAUUCUUUAUACCCAUAUUCAUACGUGACACUGUUAGGAUGGCCUGUAGUGGCUGGGUUCAAAUAGGAGGCUUGAGGCAGAGAUGAGGUGUGUUUAUUCACCUAUAUUAAAAUUCCAAAAAGAUAACGUGAAAUAAAACAAUGUAGCCCAGGUGUGGAACAUGGAUCCAGCAACAGCCUCUGAUGUUAACUGGCACCCCUUUAUAGACUGCUGCUAAUUGGCCCUCAAGCCAUACCAUUAUGUGGGGUUCCAUACUAAACUACACACACGUUUCUUACCUAAUAACCUUUAUUAAUAUCACAUCAAUGCUGUGUACAUAAUAACCAUAAUUACAAUUAUUAAAUGAAAUAUUUCCCACUUGGCCUACCGACUACAAUCUACAGUAAAGUAAUGUGGCUAUCCAAUCCUUACUUUAAUCACUUGGUACCACCAGGAACCAUUAAAAAGGCACUCAACACCUGGGAACUGUUUUGGCUGCCACACCAUCAAGUGAAGCUGGAAAACUGCCCACAAAGAAACCCUAUAGUUAAAUAAUCAAUAAAAACACAACAAACUUUUUAAUGAGUGACCUUUCCUUUAAUAUACAUUUUAAAAUCACUCAUGUGUGUUUUAUAUGGACAAGUAAUAAAUACAGACAGCUUGUAUAGAUCUGGGUAGAAUGAAUGUGAAAGAGGCAGAAAACCUCCGGAGGAUACCAGCUGACCUGCAGACACUGGAGAUACUGGAUGUGGACAUACAGAUGGGGGAAAUGUCUGAAGUGGCAGCAGUGACUGCCACGAUUGACUGAACUGGAUGGAUCUCUUGAAGGAGGAGCUGAAGGCCGGUUAAGUUUGAUUAAUCAACAAUGAGAUUUCCAUAUAGGAUCGGUCAAACCCCAUUAACAACAAACGCCUCCAGUGCUGCUGACCAGUAGCGUUCUGACAGACGGCAAGACAGACAAAGAGGAAAGUGGGAAGCAUCUUCAGAAGCAGCAAGCAUGAAGAAAAGGCAGGAGUGCGGAGUCUGGACUUUAAAUACAAACACUGGCUGCUGUGGUUUAGAGAAGAAAGGCAGAUCCUGUGUGUGUGUGUGUGUGUGUGUGUGUGUGGGAGACCAGGUGGAAGGGAAGCAAGGCCAGGAGGUCGUGAUUGUAACAGGCAACAGUUUAGGUGCAGGUGAAGGGAACAGAGAUGAUAAACAGGUGUUGGAUAGAUAUGGUGUUAAGGAGAAAAAUGAAGGACCGAUAACAGUGGAUUUUGUGAAAAGGAUAGAAAUGGCUGUGGUGAACACAUAUCCCAACAAUAGUGAGAAACAUAGUGUAA